UUGUAUCAAUUAAUGAUGCUUUGAAUUUUGCUCAUUUGAAAAGUAUUGAUUCGGUCGAUAAUGAUUUUAUUCUAUAUGAUAUUGAUGAUAAUAGACCGAUCAGAGAUAUGCAACUUGAACUUUUCAAUCAAUCCUUAUUUGAAAGUGAAGAACAAUGUCCUUAUAGUGAAUAUUUUAAUGCUAAUAUUGGUUAUUCUUCAACACCGGAUCAUAUCGAUGUACAAUUGAAUAUUUCUGAAUUUAUCGUUAUUGAUGAUGAU